AUGAAGACCAUCGAAGGGCCCCGGUUAGCGCAACACGGAAUGGAAGUGCAGCGACCGCGACUUUACCGUAUUGUACCGCACGCACAGCUGUAUGCACCCGUGGGAUGCUUUGCAUGCCAUGUGUAUAGCAUUCUCGAGCUGCGGGCAUCUCAUGCCGAGGGUGAUGAUGACGAGAAGCAGAAGUCCUACUUGAAACAGAGGUAG